CUGGCUUCUCGGUGAGGAAAGAUUGCUCUUGCCUGACUCAUACACACAGCGAUUGGCUUUUGAUUGCUCUCACAUCUGGUGUGACCUCUGUUUCGUGUCACAUCUAAAACUCAUCUGUACUUCCCUUAGAAAGUGGUUCUGAUUAGACAGGACUCUUGGUUGCAGUUGACAGAAACUAAUGGGACCUUUGAAGAAUUCCAAACAGGUAUUUGCAUAGGACUCAGAGGAGUUAAUCUUGUCUCUUCUUACAGGUUUGAAUCUUCAGACAAGCCUCGGAGAGGACUCCAUACCUGCCUUGCAGCUGAUGUUUCCUGUCAUCCAGUAGACAAUCUGGUGAUCCCAGCCCCGCCCCAGCUCCAGUGACACAAAGUACCUUUCUGCCCGUGAAUCUUGACGGUGCCUCAGACUUUCUCCCCUCAGCUUGAGACUGCAUAUAAACGGGGGUGUGGGAAAGCAGGAAGCAAAGCGAACGGUCACUGAGUGGUCCGUGUCUGGGUAGAACCAGGCCCACGACGCUGCCUCUGCCGUGGUCUGGAGCUCAGUUGCGGUGACUCUGCUGCUCUGCCCGGCCCCAUCCUGCCACGCGUGCUUAGGUGGCAUAGCAUUUGAUCAGUACAUCUAAAAAGGAAAGUGUGAGAAGCAAAACCCAUGGCCGCGUUCUCCUGUCAGAUUUGUGGCAAGACGUUCCUCACCCUGGGGAAGCUCACUAUCCACAAUUAUUCCCACUCCAAGGAGCGGCCGCACAAAUGCGAGCAGCCUGACUGCGGCAAAGCCUUUGUUUCCAGAUACAAACUGAUGAGGCACAUGGCUACCCAUUCUCCCCAGAAAUCUCACCAGUGUGUUCACUGUAAGAAGACGUUCAACCGAAAAGACCACCUGAAAAACCACCUCCAGACCCAUGCCCCCAACAAAAUGGCCUUUGGGUGUGAGUGUGGGAAGAAGUACAACACCAUGCUGGGCUAUAAGAGGCACCUAGCCCUCCAUGCGGCCAGCAGUGGCGACCUCACCUGUGGGGUCUGUGCCCUGGAGCUAGGGAGCACCGAGGUGCUGCUGGAUCACCUCAAAGCCCACGCAGAAGAAAAGCCCCCUAGUGGAACCAAGGAAAAGAAGCACCAAUGCGACCACUGUGAAAGAUGCUUCUACACCCGGAAGGAUGUGCGACGCCACCUGGUGGUCCACACAGGAUGCAAGGACUUCCUGUGCCAGUUCUGCGCCCAGAGAUUUGGGCGCAAGGACCACCUCACCCGGCAUACCAAGAAGACACACUCCCAGGAGCUGAUGAAAGAGAGUCUGCAGACCGGAGACCUUCUGAGCACCUUCCACCCCAUCUCGCCUCCGUUUCAACUGAAGGCUGCCCCGUUGUCUCCUUUCCCCAUAGGAGCGUCUGCCCAGAGCGGGCUUGCAAGUAGCUUGCCAGCUGAGGUCCACACCUUCACCCUCAGCCCCGCAGAACAAGCUGCCCAGCCUAUUCAGUUGCUGCUAGAGCCCUUUGCCUCCCUGCAUCCCUCGGUGUCUCCUGGCUGUCCUCCAGCCCUGCCCAAUCACACCACUUCUACCUCAUACUCCCCUUCACUUGCAAGCCUGCCCCUCAAAGCAGAUACUAAAGGGUUUUGCAAUAUCAACGUGUGCGAGGACUUGCCGCUGCAAGAGCCUCUGUCACCUCCCAAGCUCAGCCCAGGUUUUGAUCUGGCUAAUGGAUGUGCUGGUAAAAUAAGCCUGCCCAGGGAGCUGCCUGCAGAUGCUGUGAACCUAACAAUACCUGCCUCUCUCGACCUGUCCUCCCUGUUGGGUUUCUGGCAGCUGUCCCCUCCCACUACCCAGAAUGGCUUUGGGAAUAGCGCUCUCACCCUGGGGCCAGGGGAAUCUCUGCCCCAUGUGUUAAGCUGUCUGGGGCAGCAGCAGCAGGAACCCCCACUAGCCAUGGGCACCAUGAGCCUGGCCAAGCUCCCUCUGCCCCCCGCCCCCCAUGUCUUCUCAACUGGCACCAGCCCUGCCAUCCUGCCUCAUUUCCACCACGCAUUCCGCUAAGCUUUUUAAAGCGUAUUUUCUUAUCCUGGAAGAUGUUUUAAGAAGCAUUUCAGACGUCAGUUAUACAAGGAAAGAUUUGGAAAAGAAGCCUGAGAAUAUGGUUUAUUCAGUGAUGACUGGCUUGAGCUGAGAGAAUUCUCGAACUACAUGUAUUGUGCCAAUCUAUCGUGAAGUGUGUUCAUGCUUUGUACCAAAUGUAAUGAACGUGUGUUCUUUAAUCAAACUGUAAAUAUUGUCAUAGCCAACAUCCAAAAUGACGGCUGCUAUAUGUAAGUGUUUGUCAUAUGGAAUUGAAUCGUAAGCCAUGAUCAUGUUAACUAAAUAACUUUAUGUGGUACUGCCUAGGGAAGGGAACUAUGGAAAGGUUUGGAUGUCUCCAAAUUGGGAGAAUUUUUUAAAAUAAGACUAAAACCUUUAUGUGGUAUAUUACAACUAGGCUGUGUAUUUCUUGUCAGGGAUGUUUGUACCUUCAGGGUUGGAUAUAGUUUAGUUACUAUUACCGUAGCCAACCUAUAGUUUUACGUAAACAAGUUCUUGUGGAACAAUAGCUUUCUCCAUUUUAAAAAAGCAUUUAAAUGUAGUUCAGUAUUUUCCACAAGAUGCUGCAAUGUGAAUUAUCGCUUCGUUUAAAGACUAAACUGGUUGUCAGUCUCUAUGACAGAAAAAAAAAAAAAAUCACUGUGUAACCAGUCUAAGUGGUAAAAUAGUGCUGGUGUCAGUCAAAGGCAUUUUGCUGACUUUAAUAUUGAUUAUAUUUUAACAGGAAUUUAAGAAUAUUACUGGAAUUAAAAAUAUAUGUUAAACAAGAAAUUUUCUUGCUCUGUCUAGCUUAAACAACUACUCAAAGUGCUUAAGUUCCUAAGUAUUGUGUUUAAGUGUUAUAGUUAAUCACCAGUAAAUAGUGCAUUUGUAAUUCAGUUUAAGUCAUUAGCAUUUAUUCAGAGGAUUACAUUGUAAAACGUAACUAUAAUCUAUCUCGUGAAUUUGGUAUCUAUCUCGUGAAUUUGGUAUCUUGAUAUAUUAAUGAGUUUUAAAAAUGUAAAACCUAACCUUUGCUAAAGCUCCUUUGUCUUGUUUUUAGAGGCUUGCUUUUCUGUAAACGUGUAUCUUACGUAUAAUAAACUUUUCAAA